GAGUCCCAGGGCAGGCGCUGAUUGGUUGCGAAGAGAGCAGCUUUCCUUCCGAUGAUUCGGCUCUUCUCGGCUCAGUCUCAGCGAAGCGUUUGCAGCCGUCGUUUGAUUAGUCGCUGCCGCUGCCCCCCUCGCGGAUCAGGAGCUAGCGUCUCCCGCCCGCCUGCCGCCCCGGUGCCGCUGGGAGGAAGCGAGAGGGAGGCUGCCUGAGGUUUGGUCACUGCUGUUGAUCCACCGCCCGAGCGAGUCAAACCCGGGCCUAGCCGGUCGCCUGCCAUUCUCGUAGCCGUUACCCUCAGGCCGCCACAGCCGCCGACCGGGACAGGCGCGCGCCAUGGCCUCUGGAGCCGAUUCAAAAGGCGAUGAUUUAUCAACAGCCAUUCUCAAACAAAAGAACCGUCCUAAUCGUUUAAUUGUUGAUGAAGCCAUCAAUGAAGAUAAUAGUGUGGUGUCCUUGUCCCAGCCCAAGAUGGAUGAACUGCAGUUAUUCCGAGGUGACACAGUGUUGCUAAAAGGAAAGAAGAGACGGGAAGCUGUGUGCAUUGUACUUUCUGAUGACACAUGUUCUGAUGAGAAGAUUCGAAUGAAUAGAGUUGUUCGGAAUAACCUCCGUGUUCGUCUAGGGGAUGUCAUCAGCAUCCAGCCAUGCCCUGAUGUAAAGUACGGCAAACGUAUCCACGUGCUACCCAUCGACGACACGGUGGAGGGCAUCACUGGCAAUCUCUUUGAGGUGUACCUUAAGCCGUACUUCCUGGAAGCUUAUCGACCCAUCCGGAAAGGAGAUAUUUUCCUUGUCCGGGGUGGCAUGCGUGCUGUGGAGUUUAAAGUAGUAGAGACAGAUCCCAGUCCUUACUGUAUUGUUGCUCCAGACACAGUGAUCCACUGUGAAGGAGAGCCAAUCAAGCGAGAGGAUGAGGAAGAGUCCUUGAAUGAAGUAGGCUAUGAUGACAUCGGUGGUUGCAGGAAGCAGCUAGCUCAGAUAAAGGAGAUGGUGGAACUGCCACUGAGACAUCCUGCACUCUUUAAGGCGAUUGGUGUAAAGCCUCCUCGGGGAAUCUUGCUAUAUGGACCACCUGGGACAGGGAAAACCCUGAUUGCCCGAGCUGUGGCAAAUGAAACUGGAGCCUUCUUCUUCCUGAUCAAUGGUCCUGAGAUCAUGAGCAAAUUGGCUGGCGAGUCAGAGAGCAACCUUCGUAAAGCCUUUGAGGAAGCUGAAAAGAAUGCUCCUGCUAUCAUCUUCAUUGAUGAGCUUGACGCCAUUGCGCCCAAAAGAGAGAAAACUCAUGGGGAAGUGGAACGUCGUAUCGUGUCUCAGUUGUUGACCCUUAUGGAUGGCCUAAAGCAGAGAGCACACGUGAUAGUUAUGGCAGCAACCAAUAGACCCAAUAGCAUUGACCCAGCCCUACGGCGAUUUGGUCGCUUUGACAGAGAGGUAGAUAUUGGAAUUCCUGAUGCUACAGGACGCUUGGAAAUUCUUCAGAUCCAUACCAAGAACAUGAAACUGGCAGAUGAUGUGGACUUGGAACAGGUAGCCAAUGAGACUCAUGGCCAUGUGGGUGCUGAUUUGGCAGCUCUGUGUUCAGAGGCUGCUCUACAGGCCAUCCGGAAAAAAAUGGACCUCAUUGACCUUGAGGAUGAGACCAUUGAUGCUGAGGUCAUGAAUUCCUUGGCAGUUACUAUGGAUGACUUCCGGUGGGCCUUGAGUCAAAGCAAUCCAUCAGCACUUCGGGAAACUGUGGUAGAGGUGCCACAAGUAACCUGGGAAGACAUUGGAGGCCUGGAGGAUGUCAAACGGGAGCUUCAGGAGCUGGUUCAGUAUCCUGUGGAGCAUCCAGACAAAUUCCUCAAAUUUGGCAUGACUCCUUCCAAAGGUGUCCUUUUCUAUGGACCUCCUGGUUGUGGGAAGACCUUGCUGGCCAAAGCCAUUGCUAAUGAAUGCCAAGCUAACUUUAUCUCCAUCAAGGGCCCUGAGCUGCUCACCAUGUGGUUUGGGGAAUCUGAGGCCAAUGUCAGAGAAAUUUUUGACAAGGCACGGCAAGCUGCCCCUUGCGUACUCUUCUUUGAUGAGUUAGAUUCAAUUGCCAAGGCUCGUGGUGGUAAUAUUGGAGAUGGUGGUGGAGCUGCUGACCGAGUCAUCAAUCAGAUCCUGACAGAAAUGGAUGGCAUGUCCACAAAAAAGAAUGUGUUUAUCAUUGGAGCUACCAACCGGCCUGACAUCAUUGAUCCUGCUAUCCUAAGACCUGGCCGUCUUGAUCAGCUCAUCUAUAUCCCACUUCCUGAUGAGAAGUCCCGUGUUGCCAUCCUAAAAGCUAACCUGCGCAAGUCCCCAGUUGCCAAGGAUGUGGAUUUGGAGUUCCUGGCUAAGAUGACUAAUGGCUUUUCUGGAGCUGAUCUGACAGAGAUUUGCCAGCGUGCUUGUAAACUGGCCAUUCGUGAAUCUAUCGAGAGUGAGAUUAGGCGAGAACGAGAGAGGCAGACAAAUCCGUCAGCUAUGGAAGUAGAAGAGGAUGAUCCAGUGCCUGAGAUCCGCAGAGAUCACUUUGAAGAAGCUAUGCGCUUUGCCCGCCGUUCUGUCAGUGACAAUGACAUUCGGAAGUAUGAAAUGUUCGCCCAGACACUUCAGCAAAGUCGAGGUUUUGGCAGCUUCAGAUUCCCUUCAGGGAACCAGGGUGGUGCUGGCCCCAGCCAGGGCAGUGGAGGUGGCACAGGCGGCAGUGUGUACACAGAAGACAAUGACGAUGACCUGUAUGGCUAAGUGAUGUGCCGGCAUGCAGCGAGCUGGCCUGGCUGGACCUUGUUCCCUGGGGGUGGGAGCUCUUACCCAAGAGGGACCAGGGGUGUACCCAUGGCCUGUUCAAUUCCUCAGUCUGAACAGUUCAGCUCCAGUCAGACUCUGGACAGGGGUUUUCUGUUGCAAAAAAAUUACAAAAGCGAUAAAAUAAAAGUGAUUUUCAUUUGGGAGGUGAAGAGUGAAUUACCAGCAAGGAAUUGGGCCUUGGGCAUACUACACCAUUUCUGUUGUAGUUUGGGGUGGUGCAGGCAACCUGUGGGGUGUGAACCAAGGCACUACCCUCACCAUCAUCACACACAGUAAAGUAUCUGUACUUCUCUCAAUACUGCCCAAGCCCUCCCUUCCUCUAGGUGGACGAGGGGUCACAGUUUGCUGGGUGUUUAUAUAGAAAGUAGGUUGAUUUUAUUUUACAUGCUUUUAAGUUACUGUUGGAAGACUAAUCAUAAGCAGUUUCUAAACCAAAAAAAUUAAAAAUAAAAAAAAAAGACAUGUUGUAAAAGGACAAUAAAUGUUGGGUCAAAAUGGA